GGAGCUAGGGGCUUAAUGGUGGGCUCCUCAGGUGGACAUGAUCUUUUUGAAUUUGACCGAGGUUCUGAUGAAGAAACAUUUGAGAACUUUGGUGAUCAUGAAGCCAGAGAGGAUGAGCUGUUACACAGUUGUGAUUCACAUGGUUCUCUAAAUGAAAGGUUAAUUUUUGUGGAGCCAUCGUCUAAUGGCUUAAAUGGGGAUAAUUUGGAACCAUUUACUGGGAUGAAUUUUCUAUCUUUAGAUGAUGCAAGGGAUUUCUAUUAUGAAUAUGCCAAGCGUACAGGUUUCACCAUACGGACAAAUCGAAUUCGACACUCACUAAAGAACAUGGCUAUAAUAGGUCGGGACUUUGUUUGUUCAAGAGAAGGUUUUCGUGCUGCAAAACAUGCGCUUAGAAAAGACAGGGUUCUUCCACCAAGGCCAAUUACAAGAGAAGGGUGUAAAGCAAUGAUAAGGCUGGCAGCAAGAGAUGGAGGUAAAUGGGUAGUUACAAAAUUUGUCCGAGAGCACAACCACAAGUUAAUGACUAACUGUAAAUUUCCUGGCGAACUACCAAUCGUAAAUAUACUCAGUGAGGUAAUUUUAUUGAUUUGUUGCGUGCUCAAAGUAUGGAGUGGAAGUCCUUGGCAAGGGUUUUGUAAUUAUAAGGGAGUGGCGAAGAACGUAAAGUGCAACCUAUGAAGCACGGAUACCUCUCCAGAGAUGACGUAUAGGUGUUGGACAUGGAUACGUGGCACAAACACGUUCCUGACAUGUGUUGGACAUGCUAGAGAGAGAGUUGGACACAUUGGGACACGUUGCAGACACAUUGGGACAUGCUGGAGACACACUGGGGACAAGCUAAGGAGUAAAAUAGAGUAAAAUAGAGUGAGUUGGUGUGUAUCCAUAAUUAACUCACUCAUUAGUCACACAUUUGGCUGUAAAAUAGAGUGAGUUAAUUAUUGUGACCAUAGAUGUCUGUAAUGUUAUCAAUUACCAGACAUUUUACAUGGCAAUCUUAUGUAUGAGUAGGAAAAAUCUAAUUUUUAAAUAGUUAAUUCAAUUUCUUUUCCUAAUUCACCUCUACUAGUUUAUGUUGAGCCUUUAAAUAGUUUCACUCAAGUUGAACACAAUAUACUUUUGACAUAAGUGUAAAACUGGGAUGCCUGACUUGAUAUUCGUCCCAAAUUUAAGUCAAGUGAUUUUGUAGUUUAACUUGGUGACUUGUUCACUUUACUUACAUGCUUAACUAAGCAACUUGGUGCGUAUCCUCAAAUUGAAUUCAAUUUAAGUUUUGGAGUAUAUGCAUUCAUCAACACGGUACUCAAUUCAAAUAUAUACACAUGUAGAGCAUGAAGUACAUA